CUGUUUUUUUUUUUUUUUUCCUCGACGCUCUCGACUGCACCUCAUUAGUGGCCAGAAGCUGCUCGGUUGUCCUCGUGUGACAUCUCAGAAGCGCGGUCACUUGAUAACAGGGGGUUGGUGUGCGGCGGGGAGCCCGGGUUCAAAUUGCAGCUCUGACCUUGUGCUGCGGUCGAAUAAUCUAUUUUGCUGUAGGAAGUCGUUCCUAACUGAGUGAAAUGACCCGGAAGUGUCGAAGUGGCAGCCGUGAUAGGAGCUGGUCACAGUCUCUACAGGAGCUUAGAUGCUUGUCUCUUAAGCCCUUUAGGAUAUAAUACACUGUAAAGCCGUAUUAUAUCCAUGUCAUGUGAUGUCAUUAUAGGCUACAUGAUAGAAGGUAUUGGUCUAUUGUGUUUCAUACGACUAAGCCUACAGUUAAAAGUAUUUAUUCCCAUCUCGUGUCAGACUGUGACCCUGCACAUCCCCUCCUCCAAGGACAUUCCUGUAUUUUAAAAAAAAACAAACAUCCAGGCUAUUUAAUUGUUCUGUGGAGGUCAAAGUAACUGAAGAAAUACUGUAAUAGGUGAUUUAUUACUCCACACAGACAGUAAUAUUAAUAUAUAGCGCACCACACACAGCCUUGAAUAAGUUGCUUUUUCUUUUCCACUGUUUGCUUCACAGCUUUUCCCAUUUCAAGGAAAUGAGUUAAGGAAAAGACACAACAGCUAUUUUUUUUUUAAAAUAAUUUUUACCUAUUUGAUUGAAGCCUUGGUAAAAAUAAAUAGAUAAAUAAAUAAAAUACACCCCGCUCUGUAACCUCAGACACCCCCCCACACACACACAAACACACUCACACACACACACACACACACACACACAGCCACCACCCACUUCACAAAGUCCAAGGCAUAUUAAGUGAAACCGCUGCAGUAGGAAAUGUCGUGUGACAUCAGAGGCUGACAUCAAUGAGAUUUAAUGAAAAACAGUGAGGCUGUGUUGCAUACUUCCCGUGAAUCCCCUCAAUGCCUGUGGCAGCCAAAUUGAAAUCAGCUUGGGAAUGAAAUGAGAACUGUCCUGUACAAAGCAUGUAUUGGCGUGUAUUCUGCAUCGGCUCCCUGUAGCUUUGACAUUUUACAUGGAAAUAAAUCUUGUUCUGGAGCUGAUAUCAUUGUGUUUAAAGCUCGAGCCUGAGGAAUGAUCACUGUCUGUGGCUGAGGGUAAAAGAAAUGGACCUCACUGUUGGUUAAUGUUAAUACUGCUCUCCUUAAGUUUUUUUUUUAAAUCUAUUCCAUGUUUAUUGAGAGUCAAACUCCCUGUUUGUGUUCAUAUACUGACUCUGAUUUUAAAUCUCGGCUGCCACUUCAUGUUUUAUUCAUUAUGAAGAGAGGCUACUUCUUAUCUUUGUUUGUAUUCUUGCAUAUACAGUUCUGUAUUGCUGCUCUAGUUCUAUUUAUGGCAUCAUUGAAAUGGAAGUACAUUAACCACAGUCCUCUUAAUAUCCUGGCUGUGGCCCUGACAGAAACAUGAAUACAUCACAUGACUUGGGCUGGAAAAAUGCCAACAGAGUGUAAAAAAAAUUAAAAAUACAAAAUAAAACAGACAUUAGAGGCUUUAAAGUGAACGUUUCCAUUUCUCAUGUUUGUCCAAACUACACACACACAGCCCGCAGGCUCACGUUUUUAUAAAUAGGCCCUGGAUAAUACUCAUGCCAUAUGCAUGUGUUUCACCUUGACGGAUGACUGCUGCGGGUUAUGUGCAGUUCCAGGCGCCUCCACUGCGCUUCGGAGCAUUUCCUGCAUGACUCUCUCUGCAGCAGCAGCAGCAGCAGGGAGGGAUAUGCUGUAUCAUCCAGGCUGCCGGCACACGCUCUGUCCUUCAGUCGGAAUCGUGCAGCUCCAUCAUGGCGCUCAACAUCCCCGGCGUGUCCGUCAUGAUGCUCUUCUACCUGCUGGUCCUCGGGAUCGGCAUCUGGGCUUCCAUCAAGUCCAAAAAGGAAGCCAAGAAGGGCCAGGGGGAUAAAACGGAGAUGGCGCUGCUGGGCAACCGGGGCAUCAACCUGGUUGUCGGCAUCUUCACCAUGACAGCCACAUGGGUUGGAGGUGGAUUCAUCGUGGGCACGGCAGAGGCGGUGUACAACCCGUCCAUGGGCCUGAUCUGGGCCGUGAUGCCCAUCGCAGCGACCAUGUGCUUCAUCAUCGGUGGCCUCUUCUUCGCCGAGCCGAUGCGAAACAAUAAAUACGUGACCAUGAUGGAUCCUUUCCAGCACAAGUAUGGAAAAGCAGCGACGGCCGCUCUUUCGCUGGCUUCGCUCGUAUCGGAGAUUAUGUGGGUGACAGGAACACUCAUAGGAUUAGGUGUCACUAUGAGUGUGAUCCUGGAUCUGUCCUACACCGUCAGCAUCUGGAUCUCUGCUGCCGUGGCGAUCACCUACACCCUGCUGGGAGGCCUCUACUCUGUGGCCUACACGGAUAUCAUACAGCUCAUCCUCAUCUUCAUCAGCCUGUGGCUGUGCGUCCCCUUCUCCCUGAUAAACCCCGCUGUGGCGGACAUCACUGAGACAGCCUACAACAACACCUUACAGAGCCCGUGGGUGGGCACUCUGGAGGCGGACAGAGCCUGGAGGUGGAUCGAUAACUUUCUACUUCUGGGUUUGGGGAACUUAGGUCUUCAGAACUUCCACCAGAGGACGCUGUCAGCCGCCUCCUCCGCCACAGCCAAGAUCACCUGCUUCGCUGCUGCGUUCAUCGUUCCCACACUGGGGAUCCCUCCCAUACUCCUCGGGGCAGUGGCUGCAUCAACAAACUGGAACAUGACUUCUUACGGUUCUCCCUCUCCGUUGGAACGUGGGGAGACGGGACUCGUCCUGCCCAUCGUCCUGCAGCACCUUACCCCAACCUACAUCUCCAUCAUCGGUAUCGGGGCAGUGGCCGCCGCCGUGAUGUCAUCCACUGACUCCGCUUUACUGUCUGCGGCGUCCAUCUUCACCACCAACAUCUACAGGAACAUCGUGAGGCCACAGGCAUCAGAGCAGGAGAUCCAGUGGGUGAUCCGGGUCUCGGUGGUUGUGAUGGGCCUGGCCGGCACGUCUCUCACCUUCCUGGACAACAGCGUCCUGAUGAUGUGGAUGCUUCGAUCCGACCUCACCUACACCCUCAUGCUGCCGCAGCUCGUCUGCGUCCUCUUCUUUAAGAUCUCCAACGGUUAUGGGGCUGUUCUGGGCUGCGUGACUGGCAUGCUGUUGCGAUUGUUGUGCGGGGAGCCGCUGCUUGGGAUACCACCUAUAAUAAAAUUCCCAGGAUGCACUCUGGUGGAUGGCGUUUACGUCCAGCGCUCCCCAAUCAGGACCAUCUGCAUGCUGUCUGCGUUAGUGUCUAUCUUGUUGUUCUCCCACCUGGCAUCUCUACUCUUCAACAGAGGCCUGAUUCCUGAGAAAUGGGAUGUUUUUAAUGUGAAAUCUCAAUACUCGAUACAAACACAAGGUGGCGCUGAGGCCGACACCAAGGAUGAGAAGGAUGAGAAGGAUGACACCUUAAAAGAACAAAACGAGAACAAUGAUGUGCGUGAACCAAUGUUAGAAUCAACAUGUUAAGUAAGCAAUAUUAUUUUAAUUUCAUUUUUAUACAUUUUUCAUCAGUGCGGACUGGUUUAAGGACAAAUGUAUGUAACGUGUAAUGACAUACUUUUAAUAGUACAGUAUAUUUUCAAUUUUUGUAUACUUUUAUAUACAGCAUAAAUGGAAAAAAAAACAUCACACCUAUGCUCUUUGUUAUUAUAAGAGCUCGGCAUUUUUUUCUGCAAUUUUUUGCAGCAGUGAUACCUUCAAGUAUUUACAGAUUAUAGACGAUAGAUACCUGGGCACAAAUAUGUAAUCCCACUCACUCACUCACCAUGAACAGGAAUGCAAUGCUCACACUUUGUUUUACAUGUUUUUGAGAAGAAUCUUGCAGGUUAACUGUAAACUCUAAAGUGCUGCUGUUGAUUUAACUUUAGUUUCUUGUUAUGGAGAUGCAGGAGGGCUGUCGAAGCCCUUUUCAUAGUCUCACGUGUUCAACACGAUGCUACAGUUGUACAACAUUUUAUAGGAAACCAUUAAAGGAAACCUGUGGUGAAUGUCUUAGCUAUGCAGCUGUCAAACAUUUGAAAAUUUGAUGUGGUUGUACUGCACCCUUGGCAUGCACGGUGCAGUUUUAUUGUGUUGGGAGAAAAAAUAAAACGUCACAAAUACAAUGAAACAUCAGAUCAGACUUGGUGUUGGCAGGAACUCAGAGUAAAAAAGACUUGGACUGUGAUUAGGAGCAACGAAAAGCACUUUCUGCCAUCUGGAUCGCGGUGGCUGCAGGCUCAGCAAGGUCCCUCUCUCCAGGAGUGUUUCCCAGCUCUCCCUGGCGUUUCCAAGCCAUAUGAGAUACGCGUUCUCUCCCGCAUGUUCAGGGUCUGUCCGAAAGGAAGGCGCCCAGGAGGCAUCCACAUCACAUGACCGAACCACCUCAACUGACGCCGGGGAGCAGCGUCUUUAAUCCAUGCUCCCUCUGGAUGUCCGAGAUCCUCAACCUCUCUGAGUCAAGCCACCCUACGGAGGAAAUUCAAUUCGGAACAUUUCCAAAGACAAAUAUUAACAAAAGUCACUGAAUACUGUCUCAGUCGGAGGGGCUCCACUGACCCAUCAGGCCCCUUGGCAAUGUGCCUUUGAGGCUCAUUAGAGAAUGCUUUAAAGGUAAUUUUAUUCAUUUGAUCCCACAUCACCAGGGUUCGAGUUAUAAUCUGAGCUUUGUGGGGGUCUUUAUCCAGCGUUUGGAGCAGAGAUGAAAAAAUAAAUAACAGUGUUGGUCGUAACGUUUGCACUCUGCAUUAGAGAGAGAGACUUCACAGUGUAGCAGCCUCUGCCACAUCCUGCUCCUCUUCUGAAGGAGUACGAUGGUCCCAAACUGGGGUAGCAAACUGCAGUUCUUCUGUAAAACCUGUUUCUUUUAGCCUAUUUGUGUCAUAGUUAAUAGUCAUUAUACUGAAAAGUGCAUUAUUCGUGAGUAGAGGAAUGAUUGUAUGAUUUUACUGCUUUCAUCGGAGCUCAGUCUCCUGCUGAUAGCUGCUCGUCUCCCACUGGCUCCCACAUAACUUGAACCCUGACAUCAAUCUUUCUUUUUUUUUGUCCUUAUUUUGUUGCCUACUUCCAGCAAUCCAAAACAAUGUCUGUUAACAGUAAAGUAAUGUAAAUCUUGAAACCAAGGCAUGAGCACUGCUGACAUACAGCACCAAAACUGAAUGAAAAAAGAGAAAACCAAUGAGGCCGACUGAUUGAUAUGAUGAUGUAUGCAAAGCAGAUUAGAAGGAACGACCGGAGCUUUGAAGAGCUGAACUUUUUAAUAUAAUCAGUUAAUUUGAAAUAAAACUCCUGUAUUUGCCA